CGUAAUGGACGUGGCGUGGUCUCCUCACGACGUGUGGCUCGCCUCCUGCAGCGUGGACAACACCAUCGUCAUCUGGAACGCUCGCAAGUUUCCAGAGAUGGUGACGUGUCUGCGAGGUCACACCGGGCUGGUUAAAGGUCUGACGUGGGACCCGGUGGGGAAGUACAUCGCCUCUCAGGCUGACGACCACAGCCUCAAAGUGUGGCGGACGGUGGACUGGCAGAUGGACGCCAACAUCACCAAACCCUUCAGCGAGUGUGGAGGGACGACCCACGUCCUGCGUCUGUCCUGGUCUCCAGACGGUCAGUACCUGGUGUCGGCUCACGCCAUGAACAACUCCGGCCCCACGGCUCAGAUCGUGGAGCGAGACGGCUGGAAGACGAACAUGGACUUUGUGGGUCACCGUAAAGCUGUGACUGUGGUGAAAUUCAACCCAAAGAUCUUUAAGAAGAAGCAGAAGAACGGCAGCGCCCCUAAACCCGGCUGUCCGUACUGCUGCUGCGCUGUGGGCAGUAAAGACCGGUCGCUCUCCGUCUGGCUGACCUCUCUGAAGCGCCCCCUGGUGGUCAUCCAUGACCUGUUUGAUAAAUCCAUCAUGGACAUCUCCUGGACCCUGACCGGUCUGGGGAUGUUGGUGUGUUCGAUGGAUGGCACCGUGGCCUACCUGGACUUCUCAUUGGAUGAGUUAGGAGAUCCUCUGAGCGAGGAGGAGAAGAACAGCAUCCACCAGAACAUCUACGGUAAGAGUCUGGCUAUAACCAGCACAGAGGCCCAGCUCUCCACCACCAUCAUCGAGAACCCAGAGAUGCUCAAAUACCAGCAGGAGCGGCAGAACUCGGCCCAGGCCAACGCGGGACCCGGGAGCAUGGGGGCCGAGUCCUCUGCUCCAAAACUCAACAGCGUGAUGAACGGGGAGUCUCUGGAAGACAUCAGGAAGAACCUUCUGAAGAAGCAGGUGGAAACAAGAACAGCAGACGGCAGGAGACGAAUCACGCCGCUCUGCAUCGCUCAGCUGGAUACGGGGGAUUUCUCUCCGGCUCUGUUCAACAGCGCUCCCAUCCUGCCCUCCGGCUCCUCCAUGUCCAUCCAGCUCACCUCCCAGCUCAGCUCCGACUCCAGCCCUGGACAGGCCUCCUCUCUGGGGCUCCGGCCAGGCCACGACUCCAUGCUCACCUCGCCUCCACCCGGCAGCUCCAACAAGGAGGACAUCAAGGACGGCGUGAAGUCGUGUCUGCUGCUGACGUCUGCCUCCAAGAUCGAGCCCAUGAAAGCUUUGGACUCCAGGUUCACAGAGAGGUCAAAGGCCACACCAGGGGUCACCAUCACACAUACGGCUGGACUCACACCUCUGGACGGGCGGCCAAAAGACGGCCUCUCCGCCCUGAAGGACAUCAAAUCCAAAGAGGACACCAGCAGCGACAGCGAGGACAAGAUGGCCACCAUCAACAAAAACCUGUCGUUCAGCAAGAGGAAACCCGAGCUGCUGAUGGACGGAGCGGAGGUGGUGGAGAAGAAGAAGAAGGGACGGCCUAGGAAAGAAAAGAUGGCCGCUACGAUUUCACAACCCUUCACUCAGGUAGAGAGAGGGACGGAAAAGGUGACUCCUCCUGCAGAGCGGGAACCCAGCAGGGUGGCAGCUCUUCCACCUCCUGUCGCUGCUCUCAAACUACCUACACCCAGUAUAAAGAAGGCCUUCAGUCUGCAGGUGAGCAUGGACCCCGCAGUGAUCCUGGAGGUGGAGAACGAGGUUUCUUCGGUUGCCGGUUCGAAGCUCAGUCAGCUGCGAUGCUCCAGAGACGGACGGGACUGGAACACGCUGCUGCCCUGCUCGGUGGUCACGGCAGCAGGGAGCAGUGACGUCAUCGCCGCCGUCAGUCAGGACAGGAUGUUGUCCGUGUUCUCUUCCUGUGGGCGGCGGCUCCUCCCACCCAUCCAGCUGGCCACACCCGUGUCUGCUCUGCACUGCUCCGCCCACUUUGUCAUGGUCCUGACCGCUGGAGCCACGCUGUCCGUCUGGGACGUCCAGAAGCAGAAGGCUCUGGUGAAGAACGAGUCUCUGGCAACUAUUUUAACAGGUGCUGACACCACAGUGUCUCAGUCUCUGCUGACUCAGCAGGGAGUCCCCGUCAUCGGUCUGUCCAACGGGAAGUCGUACUGCUUCAGCUCGUCGUUGGAGACAUGGACUCUGAUCGCAGACAAAGGAGACUCUCUGGUCCAGUGUGCCGACUUCAGGAGCUGCCUUCCUACCCAUGAUGCACCUGUGUCCUCGGGGCCGCUGGCUGUCAUGCAGGGACGCAACCUCAACGCCGGUCGCCUGGCGUCCCGCCUCUCCUCCACCCCGCACCACCUGCAGCAGAGCAUGACGCUCGCCUUCCUGGAGAACCAGCUGGCGUCUGCUCUGACGCUGCAGUCUUCGCACGAGUACCGCUACUGGCUGCUCAUCUACGCCCGAUUCCUCGUCAACGAAGGCUCAGAGUUUCGUCUCAGAGAGCUCUGUCAGGAGCUGCUCGGUCCGGUCCACAAAUCAGCGACGACGUCCUGGGAGCCGACCACUCUGGGUCUACGUAAGCGUGAGUUACUGCGGGAGGUUUUACCCGUCAUCGGUGAGAACCUGCGAUUCCAGAGACUGUUCACGGAGUACCAGGACCAGCUGGAGCUGCUACGCAACAAAUAACACACACUUCUACACGCACACACACACACACACCCACACAGACACACACAGGGAGACACACAGACUGACACAAACACGUCCUGGUGUUCGGUGAGACUUUCAAUCACAGCGGGUCCUCGGCUGUGAGCGCUCGGACCGGCCUCGAGACAUGGGUGCUUCUUUUUUAUUUUCUAAUCACAACGUCACGUUGAGCUGUCGUCUUUGUGUCCUUCUUCUUCCUGCUCGCCGUGUUCCUCUGACCUAUGCACCUCUCUCCUGCACUCCCCCAAUCAUGAACUGAGAAUAACCGAAGAGAGAGAGGGGCCCGCGGCGGGGGGGGGUCGCCGCUCCCGUUCGCAGCUUCAGCAGCCAUGAAAUCAAUCUGAAGAGAGAGACGCUCGCAGAGGAGACGGACGAAUCAGAGGGGAUGUUAAGAAGCAAUAUGCUUGUACCAAAGUGAUGCCUUUAAGUGUAGAUGUUACCACAGGUCUGUGUGUGAGGAGGAGGAGGAGGAGGAGGAGGAGGAGGAGGAGGAGGAGGAGGAGGAGGAGGAGGGCGUCCAGAUGAAGGUGCAGCCAAAAUAUGAAAUCACAGAGAGGUCACCGCUUCAGAUAUUUAAACACAGGAAGGACGUCUGCGAGGUGAAGCACUUAAAGCAGGUACGUCAAAGCUCUGAGAGGAAACAAGAGGAAGAAAAACUCGUCUUCCUUCCUCACUUUGGAGGAGGAAAGUUUCACAGAAUGAUCCUUUAACUGUCUUUAUGUUCGCCUGUGAAGCAGACACUUCUGUCAUGCUCCUCUUUGAGCAGCGAGGUCACCUCUGCACCGUUUAAGUGGAGCAUUGCGGCCUCUAGUGGCCAAGAGAAGUACUGCAACAACAAACAGCUCAAAAGAUGGAAGGAUGACAAACUUGCCUUUCUUCCUCACUUUGGAGGAGGAAAGUUUCACAGAAUGAUCCUUUAACUGUCUUUAUGUUCGUCUGUGAAGCAUCCUGUCUCUGCAGACACUGGAGCAUUGCGGCCUCUUGUGGCCAAAAGAAGUACUGCAACAACAAACAGCUCAUAAGAUGGAAGGAUGACAAACUUUAUUUUCCCCUGUGGUCACAGUGAAAUAUAAAUGGUGAUUUAGAGGAUAUAUGGAGGAGGAGUUUUUCACAUCUUUGCCUUUUUUUUUUUACUCUGAUAAGAAAUCUUGCAGAAACAUUCUGUCCCUGACUUAAAGGCACUGUGAGGAGUUUUUUAAGUGGUUGAUAAACAGACUGAAACUGAUACUGAUGCCUCUUUAUGACCUUCAAGAGCAAACAAGACCAUCCACAACAACACUGAUAGCUUCUCUGUUGUCAUGUUUAAUGCCUGACACCGCUCUGAGGGGGGAGGUGUCAGAUCAGAUGAUUGACAUCCCGCUUUAGAAACACCCUGUUUUGCUAUUUUCAUGGCAAAUAAUAAUACAUUUGUAUGUUAAACACAACAGGAUGAGGUUAUUGUCUGAAGAUACAAAUUUUGCAUGUACAGGAUAAGAGAUGAGAGGUAUCGUGUUGUCCACAAGGGGGCGCCAGAAUCGAUACAGUUCCUCACAGCAGCUUUAACAGGAGGAACACGUGAGGGACUAAAUGCAUCAGCAGGUUAUCUUCCUCCCGUCCUCUCAGAGCUUUGAUCGAUUCUUUUAAAGGAUUCAAAAUGAAACUGAAGGAUGAAAUCAGGAGUCUCACAUCGCGUCUCCUCACAGUUUCACCUGAGCGUCACGAAGAACACCCUCCCUCCCUCCGACGCUGUUUUGUAAAGAAUUAAACGUGCGUGUAAAUCAUGAUAUCUGGAUUCUAUCGUAUAUAAUGUUGUCGUCCAGCAGGAACUUUAUACUCAGACUUUUAACCGUCACAUCCGAACAGAUCUCAGUUUGUAAACACGAGGAGCCUCCCUCUCUCGUUCCACAUCAGGUGCAGUUUUUAACGUAUCCAUGCGGUCGCUCGGCGGGAUCGCAGACCGUUUGCGACCGCUCCGGGGGAAUCAUGUGAACGUUCGUCGGUCGUGCUGCGAUCACAGAGCGCCGCCGCAGGAACGUUUCCUCCUCUUUGUAAAUACCGCGUCUCCGUUCUCCUCCGCUGAUGUUCGUCUCUAAAAAAAACCACUUCAAAGAGGAGACCGAGGAGAGGAAACGUUUCCUGUCCGACAUCCACUAACUUGACAUUUUCACAGGUUUCAGGAUCUAAAAGGUGAACCGCCUGGCUGAGCUCCUUCCCUCUGUCAGACUGUGUGUGUAUAUAGAUGAAGAGUGUGAGCUUAGGAAGCUUGUUUACUGCUGUCAUUGUGAAGAGCAGACGACAGAGGAGGUCCUCUUUCUGUAAUAUGUACAGCAUUUCUCUCUUUCUUUCUCUUCUGUUGCUUUUUUUUUUUUUGCUGUUAGUCAUUUUUAAAUGUUUGUACGAGGCAUUUUUUUGUUUAAUUUUUCUAUAAGAAAAAGAAAAACAAGCAGAGAUGAGCUGCCAUUUUGCUUUUGAAGAAAGUAAAAAAAUAAAUGUUGAAAGAGUCGAA